CAAAAAAAAGUAUCUAUUGUGACACUCAAUUUUUGUGAUUAUUUUUUAUCUGUCACUAAAGCUAUGUUUAGCUACAGUUAAGGUGUCACUGUUUCUAAAAUUAUUUUACUCUUUUUUGUAAAAACAUUAAAUGAACAAAAACCUUCUAAAGUGAAAAUGGUUUUCUCUUUCUUCUCAUUUCUCUCAUGUUUGAACCCAUAUUUUGAUUUCCCUUACUUCUCUUUCAGAAAUUUUUCCACAUUCCAGUUAGGGUGAAACCGUUUUUCCAUUUUCCCUCUCAGAAAUCGAUAGGCUUCUCUAGUAAUUAUUAGAUUUCCUUUGACUUUCCUCUUCGAUUCAUGUUCCUCUUCAAUUUUUUGGUUUAAUCGGGAUUCUCUCAUAACAAUCAAGUAGAUUCAGUUUUUCCUUUCUUCUCUCUUGUAGCAAUUCGAUUUUCUACGAUUCAAUUUAGGUCUUCUUCUCUCAAAUCGUAAAAUCGCUUAUCUUCUCUCAAAUCGUUCUUCUUCUCAUUUCGAUUCAAUUAUGUUCAUCUGAUUUUCUUCAAUUUCAUUUGUUGUCUCACAAAAUCGUAAAAAUUAAGUUUCAAAUCAUUCUUCCAUCUCAAUCUCAAGUAAAUGAAUAUCAUUCUUCCAUCACAAUUUCCAUUAAAUCCAUUUCCUUCAAGACCUCUUCACCGGAUUAUCAGGCUCCACCGUUGACUUCACAUAUAACUCUUCUUCUCAAAUCUAUGACACUGUCGUUUCAAAGUGUCCGAAUCUUCAAGGCAGAUAUUGGGUGGCUCCCUGGUAUAUUGUGAUAGACAACUAUAUUCAGUUUAUCUUUACUCAAAGUUGGUGGAAGAAUGGUUUAUUCAACAUGCUCAAUGAAUCCUAUUGAGAAUGAAGAUGUGGUUGCAGAGGUUUUGCGGAGGUGUGGAGGGUCCGUCGAACUUGUUGAUGUAUCGAGUGAGCUUCCACAACUUAUUCGUCGGUCAAGUCUCAAGAGAUGGAAGGUAUAUGACAAGGGCAGUUGGUUCGUUUCUUCCAAAGAUGUUGUUGAGACAAAAUCUCUCUCAAUUGGUUUUAAUGAUAACAAAAUUAAUUAAAGAUUAUGAUUAUGCUUAAUGACUAAUCUGUGCUUUUGAAUGUAUUUAUAUAAGUAAACAGGUUAUCAUUUAUUAAGGAAAAAGAAGAA